GUUAUCGUUGAUCACUGACUGAUGGGAAGUUUUGCAUCAGAGUCCUUUGAUAUAUAAGGUAUAAGCUAUCGUCCAGGACUUUGAAGAAAAGAUAUUCUCAAGACAUCAACUCCAAUCUAAUCAGCAAUUUCCAACCAUCUUAACCUCUCACCAUCUCUUUUUUGCUCUCAUCGGAACAGAACCUCACUGAUAGAUAUAUACCCCGCACUUGUGUGGAAGUUUCCAUCAGCAUGCCGAUAAUCAGCAAGCUUGUCAAGGGCGUCAGCUCAGGCAUUGGGCUUGCAUCAGAAGCCAUUGCAGACCACAAAGAAAAGAAAGCCGCCAAACAGAGUACGGCAUCAUCACCAUCUGAUUCACAACAGCAGUCACUCGAAGUUGGCGAGAGCUCGGGAGGGACGCGCGGCGUUUCCCGACAAACCUCGUCGGAUUCGAGAUCGCAGGUUUUGGGAGAUGACAAAAAGUCCCCUUCGACCAGGGACGACUCCGACUCCAGCAGCGAAGAUGAGCUCGACACCGACCGUGCGGAAUGGGCUCUGGACGACGCGGCCGCGGAACUAGAAGAGGCACCUCCUUCGUACGAGGCAUCAACCGGGACGCCGUCGUCGGCCGAAGACGUUGCCAACACCUUCGCAGAAAAGCACAAUCUCAACCGAGCUCCAUCCAAGGGCCACCGACCGCUGCCUUGCCCCGUCAUCCUCCCUCAGCGUCGACCCAAGGACAAAUCCCGAGGCUUCAUCCGCGCCUACGCGCCCCUGUUGGGCGAGUGCGCGGGCAUCGACCAGGCCACGUUCCUCGAUUUCCUCAAAGACUUUGACCGCUCGUCGCGCGCGAACCCGGCGCUCGACGUGAUCAACGUGGCCGCGUUCGCCGUCGGCAUGGUCCCCAACCCCAUCGCCAUGGGCGUCGCCAUCGCCGUCCAGGUCGCCGCCGGCACCGCCAGGGAGGUCCAGACCCGCCACCGACGCAACACCUACCUCGACCAGAUCAACGAGACCCUCUUCAAACCCCGCGGCCUCUACUGCAUGGUCAUGACGUUCAAACCCGACUCCCCCUACGACCCGGUCAUGCACGUCGACCUGGAUUCCUCGGACAGGGCACUCACCAAGGCCCUCUCCACGCCCGAGAGUGAUAUGCGCCGGAAACUGAAGAACUUGCGACUCUCGUCCGGUACGACAAGAGGCGAAAUGUCCCUCCCCGAGGCCGCCCCCUUGGUCUACCCUGCCCUCGACGCCGCGGCCGCCCGAGCGGCCCAGACCGGCACUCAGCUGCCCGAACAGAAGCAAAACGCGUUGAAGUCGUCCGGCAAGUUCUUGGCCGACUACCUCGACCGACGAGCCCAGGCGACCUACGCGGCAACGAAUCCCGGGACCUUGUUGGCCGAGGCGAGACCGCCUCCGCGGAAAGAAUUCGCGUCGAGGUUCUCCGACCCCAACCACCCCGUCAACUCUGGAUCCCUCAUUUCCUUGUUGACCGGAGGCCACUUCAACCCCAAGGCCGAGAAACGGGCGAGGCGGGCGCAGCGACGUGCGUACCGGGGGGGAUACGAGCUCAGCGAGACCGACAUCAAGAAUGCGGAAAUGGGCCGCAUGCCCCGCCGCAACAAGGGGUUGAUCCGUCGGGUCUUGCAAAAGAAUGUCCUCUACCUGACCAUUGUCAAUUUGCCCACCGAAGAGGAAACUGCCGAACUGAUGCGAGAGUUGGACAUGGCCGAGAAGAAGAACCAAAGACCCGGUCAAAAAGGGGAUGAUUGGCAAUGAUUUUUAUAUACUCAAGUUUGUUUUUCCUCCGAGUUGAAAGAGUGAUGAAAACCGUGUACGGAGUAUGUGAAUCAAAAUGGAUACCC